GCGGCUGGAGCCGGCGCCGCUGCCGGCCGGCGGUCCGCUCCGCGUCACGCCCACCUGGGUUUGUGGCCUGCACGAGUUCUUCGUGCAGCCGCUGGAGGGCGGCGCCGAGUUCAGCCGGCUCAUGAACGAGAUGCAGAGCUUCUACGGCGGGCUGCGCCGCCAGGACGGGGUCGAGACCAGCCCGACAGUCGGCAGACCCGUGGCCGCCCGCUUUACGGACGGCGCAUGGUACCGGGGCGUGGUGAAGGCGAGCGCGCGCGCCGACAUCACCGUGCACUUCGUCGACUACGGCAACACGGCCUCGCUGGACGGCCAGCUGGUGAAGCGACUCAAGGAGGAACACUGCCGGCUGCCGUGCCGCGCCUUCAGGUGCCAGUUUGGAGGCGUGCGACCGGUCGGCGGCCAGUGGAAGGUGCUCCCAGAGAAGGAGCUGUCCAAGUACUUCGAGGCCGAAAUGCAGGUGACGUGCCUCAGCUCCGAGGGCUCGCUCUCGUCCGUGGAGGUGACGCUGGCUUCCGGCGGCCCGCGCGUCUCCGAUCAGCUGGUGGCCAACGGGCUGGCCGAGCGACCGGCCGCCGCCCGCGCCGUCCAACAGUCCAACAUCGGGCCGUUCCCGGCGCUGGAGCGGCCUUUCGCCGCCGGCGAGCGCGUGGCCGUGUUCGUGGCCUACGUGGUCGCCACAGACCGGCUGUUCGUGCAGCUGAGCGAGAACACGGCCGAGAUCGAGCAGAUGGCCGCCGACAUCGAGGCCUCCACUACCGGCUGCCAGAUCCCGUGCCCGGACGUGGCGGCCGGCGAGAUCUGUCUGGCGCCGUUCGAGGACGUCUACUACCGCGGCGUCAUCACCGGUGUGGAAGGCCAGCUGGCCACCGUCUACUUCGUCGACUACGGCAACACGGAGCGCAUGCCCAGCGACCAGCUGCUGGAGUGUCCGGUGCCGCUGGUGGACCUGCCGGCGCAGGCCGUCCUCUGCAGCGUGACCGGCCUUCCGGCCCGCUGUGCCCAAGAGCUGACGGCCCGCGUCGACCAGAUGGAGCUGACGGCGCUGGUGGACCGGGUGCUGCCCUCCUCGCUCAGCGUCACCCUGCUAGAUGGCGACGUCAACAUUAACUUAGAGCUGGGCGCGCGGCCCGACGCGCCGGCCGCGGCGCGCACACCCAGCCCGACCAAGCAGGCCAGCCCCGCGUCGCCGGCCAAGCAGAGCCCGGCGACUACCGCGCCUUCGGCGGCGGCGGCGGCGCCGUUUGAGCGCGUGACCGUCUCCUACGCCGUCUCGCCGCACGAGUUUUACGUGCAGGACGCGGCGGACCCGGCCGCCCAGCAGCUGGACGAUGUGAUGGCGCAGCUGGAUGCGGAGUACAGUCAGCUGGCGGCCGACGAGCGCGUGCUGGCUGAGGUACAGCCGGGUGACCUGGUGGCCGCCCCGUUCUCCGAGGACGGCGCCUUCUACCGGGCGCGCGUGCUAACGGUGGACGCGGCUGGCGACACCUGCCACCUGCAGUUCAUCGACUACGGCAACUGCGAGACGGCGGUCUGGCCCGACGCUGCCGUCGACGCGUUCUCGGCGCUGGUGGGCAUCGGCGGCGCCGACGAGAAAACGCUCAAGCUGGAGCUGGUGCGGCCGGGCGACCCGGCGCUCGUCAACCUGUACGACGGUCAGCAGGACGUGGCGUUCGCCAUGGUCGGCGCCGGCUUCGGCACGGUGCCGGCGCCGCCCGCGGCGGGAGAGCAGGCCCAGCCGAGUGAUGAGCAGUCCUCGGUGUCGGCCGGGCUGGCUCCGGUGUGGGACAUCGCGGCCGAGCAGGCGGUGUUCGUCUCUCACGUGACCUCGCCACUGGAGUUUUACGUGCAGCCGGCCGACACGGCGCCGCUGGACGAGCUGAUGGAGCGGCUGGCGGCCGAGUUUGGAUCGGCCGCGCCGCCGCCGGCCGCCGCGCCCGGCCAGCUGGUGGCGGCACCGUUCUCGGAGGACGGUGCGCCCUAUCGCGCCCGCCUGCUCGCCGUCCGUGGCGACCGCGCCGACGUGCUGUUCGUCGACUACGGCAACGGCGAGGCGGUGGCGACGGCCGAGCUGCGGGAACUGGACUCCGCGCUGGCGGCGCUGCCGGCGCAGGCGCGCCCCUGCCAGCUGGACGUGGAGGCGUGCGCCGACGGCGCGGCCCAGCGGCUACGCGAGCUGACCGAGCAGCAGGAGGAGCCGGCCACGCUGUACCUGCUGGCGGCUGGAGCCGUCAGCAGGGUGCGGCUGACGCUAGCUGUCGGCGACGCGGCCGAGGUCCUCGCGCUGUCGGCGCUCGACGAGCUGAUGGACCUGCUGAGCGAGCUGUACGAGGGCCGCGAGCCGGCCGCGCCGCCGCUCGCCGCUCCCUGCGUGGAGGAGGAGGAGCCUGUGGUCGCGGCCGGGGAGGAGGCCGCCGUCAAGCGGGAGGAGCGCAGGCUCGAGCAGCACGCCGAACGGGAGGGCGGGGACGAGAACGGCGGCGAACCGAAGACGGUCUAUCAGGAGGCGGAUCAGCAGACGGGAGCGUCGGACGAUGACGACCACCAUGAACCCGAGGAGUCUGAGGAGCCUGUGGAUCAGGAGCUGCAAAAGACCCGAGACAGCUCAGACCAGGAGUCAGAGACGUCGAAUGAUGACUCGAAGCAGGAGGGACGGGGGUCGUCAAAUGGCGAUGAGGAGUCUGGAGAAUCAAAAGCAUCCGCUUACCAGCAGCCGCAAGAGUCGGCGGAGCCUGAUGGCAGUGAUGAAACACGGUCGGGAGCGACUUCGGGCCGGACGAGCUCCGCCGGAGAGGAGUCCGGCCAGCCCGAGGGCGCUCCCCUGGACGACAAACUGGAGAGGCGUGGUGACGAAGACGACCUGGAGAAGUCUGAUGACUCCGAUCAAGAUGCGCAGCAGUGGGAGGACGCCGCCGACCAGAAGCCGCACGCGUCGACAGGGGACAGGCGACAGUGA